GUCCGAGAGUUCCAUAAAAAGGAGGAAAAUGAUAUUUGGGUUUUGAGUUUUAUCACCAUCAGGUAGGAAGUGAAAUUAAUGGUCUCAAUGAAUAUAAUAGAAGAUGAUCAUGAUCAUGAUCAUCAUAGUAAGAAAUACGAUGUACCAGCAAUACCGACGGUUGGGAUAUUAGUAUCACAUGGCUCCAUCUCUGUGUGUGGUAGAAGAAGAGAAAUGGAAGAUGCUAUUACUGUAAUCCCAGGUUUACUACCUUCAUCAAAUCGUAAACGUCCUUGUGAUCAUGAUUUUGAUUUCUUUGCUGUGUAUGAUGGACAUGGUGGGUCUGCUGUGGCGAAUCUAUGCAGCGAGCAGUUACACAAGAUACUUGUGGAUGAGAUUCAGGGUUCGUCGAAUCUUGAUAAGAUUGACUGGGAGAAUGUUAUGGUGAGUUGCUUUUUAAAGAUGGACGAACAAGUAGUCAGCGGAAAAGAAGUUGAAGAUGAAAACAUAAAGUCAAUAGGAUCAACGGCUGUGGUUGCUUUGAUCAGCAAAGAUAAAAUUAUUGUUGCUAAUUGUGGUGAUUCUAGGGCUGUUUUAUCUCGUGCUGGCUUACCGAACCCGCUUUCCCAAGAUCACAAGCCUGACAGGAUAGACGAGAGGGAUAGGAUUGAAGCAGCCGGAGGAACGGUUAUCAAUUGGGAUGGUUCUCGUGUUCUUGGGGUACUAGCUACCUCUAGAUCUAUAGGAGAUCGCUACCUCAAACCAUAUGUAAUAUCCGUCCCAGAGGUCGGGAUAUUUUCACGAACCGAAAGCGAUGAGUUUCUGAUAUUAGCUAGUGAUGGUUUAUGGGAUGUUAUGUCAAACAAGAUGGCUUGUCAAAUAGCAAGGAAAUGUCUCAAAGGUAAAGUAGCAAGGAGAUCCUCAUCACUAUUGGGUCAUCCUAGUAAUGCUGCAUUUGCUGCGGCAGUUCUGGCUGAAGUUUCAAUGGCUAGAGGAAGUAAAGAUAAUAUCAGUGUUGUGGUCGUUCAGUUGAAAAAACUAAUCUAAGUAGAUGGCUUUUCCAUGUGUUUUCCUUCAUUUGUUGUUAAUCUCAUUUGUUCAAGUGCAAGUGUUGAACACUUAGUCAGACACUUGCAUAG